AUGCAACGCCUGAGAACACGCAGCUCGAAGAAAGUAAACUGUAGCAACGAUUUCCAGAGGGCAAAAGCAAUGACCGAACAACCAAAGAUUACACUUCACUGGCUGGACCAUUCAAGAUCACAACGUAUUGUGUGGCUCUUAGAGGAAUUGAACUUGGAAUACACCAUCAAGCCAUAUAUUCGUACCGGUGGUCCAAGAGCGCCACCAGAGUUGAAAGCUGUUCAUCCAUUGGGUAAGGCGCCAGUACUUGUCGUUGAAUAUGCAGAUGGUAAAGAGAAAGUCAUUGCAGAGAGCGGCCACAUUAUUGCCUUUCUCAUAAGAAACUUUGAUAAGGAAUCCCUUUUAACCCCAGAUAACACAGAUGCGUUCGACGAAGUUGAGUAUUACUUACAUAUGUGUGAAGGUACACUUCAACCUGUGUUGACCUUCCUUUUGGUUCUCAACACCGCGGCUUCAAGAGCACCUUGGUUCGUUAAGCCAGUUAUCAGUUCGUUUGUCACCAAGGUGUUUGAGCUGUACAACUAUAAGGAGAUCAUCCUCUGCCUUGACUUCCUCGAGACUAAGCUCGGUGAGAACGCUGCCAAACUCACCGCAUCGUCUCAGAACUUGUUCUUUGUGAACAACAAGUUAUCUGGCGCUGAUAUCAUUUUUGCCCUGCCGGUGGGUGAGAUUUGCAUCAUUGGUGACAAGCUUAGUCAUCUCGUUGAUAAAUCCAAGUACCCCCACUUGGUAAGAUGGGCUCACGAGAUUAGGGAGAGACCAGCAUACCUCAGGGCAAUGGAGAAAACCGGCCAGUAUGAGAAGCCAAAGGAGCAAGAACAAGAGUGA